AUGACGUGUAAGCCGAGUAUAUGCACAAUGUCACUGGGACGAGCCUUUGCCGGCCAUUCCAUGGAAUACAAGCUUGAUAUGGCCCAAAAGUACGGCUUCCGAGGCAUUGAGCUGUUUUACGAGGACCUUGAGUACGUUGCCAAGGUCAAGCCCGGACAAAGCUCAGCGACAAAGCUGCUGGCCGCGGCUAGCCAGGUCCGACAGUGGUGCGACCGUCGCAAGCUCGAAAUCAUAUGCCUCCAACCAUUCAUGGACUUUGGGGGGCUCUUGGAUCGCGAAAAGCAGAGGCAGAACCUCGCCACCAUCGAGCUUUGGACUGAGCUGGCACUCACCCUCGGAACCGACCUAAUAUUGUUUCCGAGUUCCUUUUUGUCUGUUUCUCGGCUCUCAGACGACGUGGCUGUACUCAUAAAAGACUUUCAAGACGCUGCAGAUGUCGGACUGAAAAGGACACCGACAAUUCGUUUCGCAUUCGAAGCCUUGUGCUGGGGUACACGGGUCAGUACCUGGGAAGACAGCUGGAAGAUUAUAUCCGCGGUCAACCGGCCUAAUUUUGGCCUGUGCGUGGACACGUUCAAUAUUGCUGGCCAGAUCUUUGCCGAUCCUGCGGCCGUGGAUGGCUGCACGAGAAGUGCCGACGCAGCCGUCGAGUGGUCGAUGGAGCGGCUCAUGUCGCACGUCGACCCCUCCAAGAUCUUUCUGGUACAGAUUGCCGACGCCGAGAGGCUGGAGAGGCCACUGAACGAAAAUCAUACAUUUUACAACGUUGAACAGCCAGCGAGAAUGAGCUGGUCGAGAAACUGCCGUCUGUUCUACGGUGAAGAGCACUUGGGGGGAUAUUUGCCGGUGAAGAGGAUCUUGCAGACUGUGAUUCACGGCCUGGGAUACCGGGGCUGGAUGAGCUUCGAGGUAUUUCACCGAAAGCUCACAGAGAGUGACAGCACGGUCCCAGAAUACUACGCCGCAAGGGCGUCACGAUCAUGGGCCAAGAUUGUCCGUGAUUUGUCACUCGAGCGGAAAACUCCUAGGCGAGAGUUUUAUCAAGGGAAGGAACGGGCGGUGCUCUAG